AUGGCACAAUUGCGACAACAAUCCAGCCCUCCUCUCUGCAGUCAGCAGUCCGCUGUAAUGAACGAUAGUGCUGAUGAAGACGAUCAGGAUGUGAGGCCCAUGGGCCGGAGGAAGGCGCUGCGUCUGCAGCAUAUGAAUCGAUUGCAACAAGGAGAGCGUCAGAAACGACCUCGUGAUAGCGAGGUUAUAACGGAGAGGAAGCGUAAACGUGCUCGAUAUCUCAUUGAGCUUCAAGAGGACGAGGACGACGUUCAUCACCCGGCAGAAGAAUCGACCGUGUUGUCUAGACCUAUGAUUAUUAUAGCAGAUACAACAGAGUCAUCGCCCGUGGAGAUCACGGUCAAACCAGAGCCACAGCAUUCUCACUCUGAUGCUGGUCAAGGUGAGAAACGCCAUGAGCUACAUUGUUUCACGCCUGUCAAUACGGCUAGUGAACAGCUACAGAUUGUUGAGGCGCCUAAGCAAAUACGUGCAGUAAACGACGAUAUACUCUCGACUCUUCGGGAAAACAAUCAGAAGCUGAUGGAGGAGAAUGCAUCUCUGAAACAGCAACUUCAGCGUCAGAAGGCCGACACGCGGGUGGUGCUGCUAUUGCAGGAGCAGGUGCAGCGGCUCCAGCAGCGCGAGCUCGAGCUCAUGCGAGCAUUGAUAAGUAAUUAA